CUCGUAGUAAACACAUGUGUAUAUAAAAAUUUCAAUUGUAUUGUUUGCUAUUCAACCACGCACUGCCUCUUACGAAGACAAGUUCAAAGCCAAAGAAACAGCGUUCUGUUUGUUGAUUUAAAGAUGGAGCAACCCCCUCCUUACUCCAAUCAAAAAGAAAACCCAGCCCCCCAUCCUCCUCAACAACAGGAACCUCUUCUGGGUGAACACACUGAAAAACACCCACCUCAAGGUUAUCCCCCUCAAGGUUACCCACCUCAAAGUUAUCCCCCUCAAGGCUAUCCAGCUCAAGGUUACCCUCCUCAAGGUUAUCCACUUCAACAACUAGCAGGGAUGACGCAAGAACAGCAGAAUACAACAGUUCUAGUGCAAAAACAACCUCAGACUGCAACAGUAGUAAAAACACUUCCAAUCCUCAAUGACUACAUGGGACUGUCCGUUUUUGCAUGUCUGUUUUGCUGUUGGCCAGUUGGUAUUUUUGCCAUCAUCAAGUCAAGAGAAUCAAGAAAUCAUUAUAAUGCUGGUUACUAUGAUGAAGCCAUGAGGUCAUCAAUAACCGCAAGAAAUCUGGCUGUCAUAGCUAUAAUCUGUGGAAUAAUACUUGUUCCUUUCAUGAUAGUUCUGAGAGUCGCAGUUAUCAAAGAAUGAAGUAGUUAAUGAUUUAUAUACACAAUUGUCAACUUGGAUGAUCAUAAGAACGUUUUUAUUGUGUUCAGAAGUACUUUGUGCAAUAACUUUAGGGUAAAAAAACUAUUUAAUCAUUGACGUAUCUAGGGUAGGUCAAAAUACAUUUAUAAAAGCUCAUUUUAAAUACAAAAGACUUUUUAAAUGCCCGUUCACAUGAUCCGAUUUGUCUGAUCCCAAAAAAACGGAUCGUGUGAACAUGUUUAAAGUGAGCAGCCGAAAGUCGGAUCCGUCAGUCUCAAAAAUCGGAUGGAAAUAGAAGUUGCUCUAUUUUCAUCAGACAACAUCAAAAGAAGUCGACUAAGCUAAAGCUUUUUACUCUUUACACUUCCCAAAUUUGAGCUAACGCGAGAAAUUAGAUUUGAAAAAGACUUGAAAACAAGUAUAAAAAUAAGCAAAUGUAUCGAUAAAUGUACUGGAUAACACAAAUUGCUGCUUUCAAGACAAAUAUCUGAACGAAUAUAAAUGUCAACUAAACCAUUGGAUCGUCUGAACAAGCAACCAAAAGUUGGAACCGAAACGGUCGGAUCCGAAAUAGUUAAUAUUAAAAUACUCACAAUAGUAUUCGCUCGAAAGUAUUUUAAAAUGAAAAUAUAUUUUCAGUAAUGUAUUCUGACCGCCACUGGAUCCGCUACAGGAUGCCUGAGUUCAUGUUAAAAAAUGACUCUGUUGUAAA